AUGCAAGCUGCACAGGGUCGGGAUGACGAACAAAUGUUCCAGAAGUUCAAGGGUAUAAGAAAGGGAGACACUCUCCGGGUUCCCCAAUUCUGGUCAAUGGUUGUAAAGUCCCAUCUUAUCAUCACCUGCGGACCAAGUGCUCUCCCGGAACUCUUCGACGGCAGUGUUGAGUUCAUCUCUGGGGACUACCUUCGCACAGACGGACCCAGUCUAGUUCAGGUCACCGAUUUCUACGGACAAACCACGUACCUACCGCUCAAGCUGUGCUCAACAUACGUUGCACUUCGUCGUAACAUUGAGAGCAAGUGUCUAGAUGACAGCGAAGAAGAUGGCGAAGACUAUUUCAUACAUGUGGGGUCAGAUGACUCAGUACUGGAGGCAGAUCAAUGGCCACACAUCAUGAAAUCCGAACGAUCUGCAAUGAUUGUUUUGCGUCUCAGCCGGAAGAGCACAAGCAGGGAUAUCUCCUUGAUCGAUCGGUCGCGUAGUGAACAAGGAAAGAUUGAGUAUGGUGAUCUGAGCUCAGAACAUGACUCAACAGAUGAAGACAAGACUAAAGCACUUAUCUUAAGGCGACCUUUCAACGAUGUCGAGCCGAUUUACCACUCCAAAUACGUCGGCGCAACCAGUGAGCUUUUAGCAAGGCAAGGUUACGUCGUGAAUGACCCCUACUCGCUCGUGAGUGGCAGCAACCCUAUUACUAGCCCGAAGCCGGUCAUCUUCCGCCGUCCAGAACGUAUGGUAAGGCCACCUUUUGCACAAGAUGGCCUUCAUGUUGCCAGGGCCAUCACGUAUGAGAGUGAUAACUCUGGUCAUAUCAGCAGUGGUUCGUAUGCAUCCGUUGUUGACACCAAAGAGCUUGCUGGUAAGGCUCUAUCGUUCGCGGAAAGAGUCAGUAGUACAUCAUUAGUUGAUGAUCCAGUCGAGUCGGCGCACAGUUCAAGAGAGUCUCAUGUACCUGAACACAUCGACAUAGAAGACGAUGAAAAGCUCUCCGGCUCUUUCGAACUUACGCCUGAUGUCUACGAUACGAGAAAAUACACAGAAAAAGAUGUUCAGGGUCCGUUGUCAUCAUCAUCUCGCUCAAUCAACGAGCGAGAUCGUCCUGAGUCUGAAGAUGAAGAGGCUACGUUGGGAGCGAUACGGACUGCGAUAUCAGAUCGUGAAGAGGGCGUGGGAUUUGGAGUAAAAGCCAAAGCUCGCUUUUCACAAAGUCAACCCAACUUGCACGUUGCCACACAAGAUGCUCCAGGAUUAUUCAAAGGAGACGUAAAGGGGGAAGAGCUCGUUGACUCAGAUCUACCACUACAGGAUGAUGCGAAUAUAACACAGGAAGAAAAGAGACGUCUCGGUGUCGAGGAUAGCCCUGGGGACCUAAGGGAUCUCGUGGGAUUACAAGUCAGAGACCUCAAAGGACUAAUAAGUGAAGAAGUUGCUGCUGCGUUGAGGCAAAAUACUGACCAAGUCAACCGAGAUGUCCAAAAGCAACUAGAAUUUGAGCUCCGCAAUCGACUCGCCAAGUCAGGCCUCCUUCCAAACCUUAUCGAAGCCAUCAUCAAUCAAGGAACCGACACAGCACCCGGAAGAGAAGAGCGGUCUCCACCUAACUAUACCAGGGUACCGACCAGUCAACUCGAUAGGGCUACUUUGCUUCACUUCAAUCUUCGAUUCCAGCAUGACAUACUUGAUCCUAACUUCUGGAUCAUCUUCCAACACCUGACAACAGAAGAGUUGCUGCCGAUGUUUGACCACACAUGCGACCGUCGGAUAGAGGCGCAUCUCGAAAGGAAGCGUCAAGAGGGAUCACGCGCUCAAACACAGGAGCGACAAGAGCAGAAUCCGCCGAUGGAUGCUUCUCCGUCCGAACAUGAUGAUAGAGCUUCACGCGAAAAGACGAUGGACAGAAAUCGCGCAGCCACGACGUAUCGAACGCGAGAAGUUUCCCCAAGUCCUAAGCUUACAAGAUUGAAUACCGGUCUUCGUGUGCCACCUUUCCUUGCAUGGCAAACACGAGAGAACCCGUCAGAGCAGGAUAUUGAUGAGAAUACCCAUAUACAGCUUACUCUGUUUGCUAUCGAACAGCAGCUGACCAGGACGCGGACGGACGUAGCAAGACUACCAAUCGAUCUCACGCAUCCAUUUGCCCACAAGUAUCAAUUAGGUGUACGCCUCACCAAUAAAGAGUCUUCCCUCGACGCUGUCCUGACAUCACUAGCGGCCUGUUACAGGGCCUGUGCCAGAGUCGUUGGAAACACAACUAAACCCAACGAGCUGACUGUAAUGGACGACACAAAUGGCCUCUCCAAUCCACUUGAAUCAGGUACCGGCACUACUACCAGUGACAUUGCAGCUGAUGUCAGAACUGAUUCAGAAGCGGAGACCUAUGUCACGACGAGAAGAGUCACCCAAUGGCAAAUGGCUCUGAUGCACAAACACGCACAACGCGUUUUCCAUUCUACUAUGGAGAUCGUAGACCAAUUUGUACCAAAACACUACGAUCAUCAGCUCCUGCGCAGAUGUUGGGGUGCACUGAAGUUUAUCAUUGAGGUAAUGACUCCUUUGAAUGCGCCGAAAGGCUGUUUUGGCUUACUACUUACACGACCUUGGCAGAUCGUUGGCUAUAUGGGCGUCAAGAAUGUUGUAUAUCAAGAGCUGGAGGAGUCAGAGCCAUCGUCGACUUACGCGAUCCGUGAACUUCCUCAUAAAGAAUACUUGAGGCUUCACAAGCUUACUGAUCUAUCCUUUCCUGUUAAUCAGUGUGACUUCUGCAAGCGCGCAAGGUACUACUCGAGCGCGGAAGAAGCUUUCGAACAUCUGCGGCGCGAUCACGUCAGCGAUACGAAUCAGUCAUCACAUCUUUCUCGAGCACAGCUAUCCCACUGGGUUAUGUCAUCUCAGCUAGCUGGUGUGGAGGAGCAAAACGAGCUCAUUGUCGAGUAUCUCAGUGCAAUGGCACUGCGCGUUGAGACGUUGCGAUCCAAAGCAAUUGAUAUCCGCAACAGUGUCGCCAAUGAAAGAAACGAAAAGCCGAGCGAGUAUCUCCUACCGCUAUCGCUUGUAAAAGCAGCAGAGAUGAUUCUGCAGAUGAUCGAUACUUGCGGGUAUAGUGUUGUUGAGUUGCACAAACUCAAUCUGGACGAUACGAUGCCGAUCAUUUCGUGGAAGGAGCUCAAGACUCACAUGGACCUGCUUUCAUACUUUGGCUCAGCAGCCUCUACUACGCUUUCGUCAGCGCGCAAAGAGCUACUGAUCAUGGCGCAUACCGGCAGCCACCGGGGAGCUGUACAAAACUUCCGCAGUACGCCUGAAGUUACUUUGCUCAUAUGCCUCAUCCAUCUCUGGUCAAGAGCGGUAUUGCACGACUUGUCUGUACCUGACUUGUACCGAGAGCAUCUUUCGAAAAUGCAAUACGAAGCUAGCCGUCGGCCCUCCAAGCUUGCCCUCCGAGAGUUGUACCUCUUGGAAGAGGAAUUCGAGAUGGUAGCCUCCAUCUGCGCUCAACAACGCCGCAUGAUCAGGGAUUUCUACGAAAUCAUCGGUCCCUCCACCUAUCGCAUAGCCACUAAAGAAUGUUUCAGAGCCGACAGAGACGUCGUAAUUCCCCUCAUGGACCAAAAUCUCAGCAGCCCUGCCAGCAUGGGAGCAACUUCUAUAGGAGUAAGGGAAACACAGGCAUUGUUCGAUAGGACCAAAGAGGUGCUCCGCCACAACGUUGAAGUCUCAGAAGAAAGCAACUCGAAAGCCAUCAGAGUGUUUACUCUAGUGACAAUCGUAUUUCUCCCUCUUUCUUUCAUCUCUUCCGUGUUCGGCAUGAACACUACGGAUAUAAGAGACAUGAGCAGCUCGCAAGCUCUCUUUUGGGUCAUUGCCAUUCCUGCCACAACGCUGAUUGGAGGACUCUCCUUGAUGAUCGCAUAUCAUGGAACGUACAUGUGGGCUAAGGUACGCGCGAUGGGCGAUGCUAUGUGGGGAUCAGAGAAGAUAUCGCGCGGGCGGCGUGCCUGGAAACGAAAGCCAAAAGACGUGGAAAAGGUAGACGAUGGCGAGAUUGCAGACACACGGCCUCUGGGACCAGGUCAUCUUCGGAGAAGGAAGACAGUCUUGAACGUCGUUGGGUCGAAGAAGCCAAGGAAGUUCAGGUAA